AUGAAUUCACCUAGCAUCCCAAACAAAAUCAUUAAUAAUUAAUAUGUGCUAAAGAAGAAAUUAUCGGCUGGGUCUUACGGAGUUGUUUUUGAAGCUGAAGACCUAUAAAAAAAACAAAUGGUUGCUGUUAAAAUUGAGAAAAAAGAGAAAAAUUCAACACUUGAUCGGGAAAUACAUAUUCUUACAAGAUUAUUAGGUACUUAAGGAGUUCCAAAAUUAAUUUGGAGUGGAAUAGAUAGCAAUUCCAACAUACUUGUUUAAUAACUUUUAACAAAGGAUAUUGGAGCAUAUUUAAAAGAAUAUCGAACAUUUUCAUUAAAAACCGUCUUAAUCAUAACAGAUUAUCUGUUAUAAAUAAUUAGGAGAAUUCAUAACAAAUCUGUUGUGCACAGAGAUUUGAAACCAGAAAAUAUCAUGUAUCAUUAAAAACAAAUUUACAUAGUUGAUUUUGGUAUAAGCAAACUUUAUAGAGAUAAUAAUUUAAAACAUGCUCCAUUUAAAGAGGGUCGAUCCUUUGUAGGAACCACAAGAUAUGCUUCAAUAGCAGCGCAUAAAGGCUAGGAACUUGGAAGAAAAGAUGAUCUAGAAUCAUUGAUAUAUAUAAAUAUUCUAUUGUUAAAAGGAACUUUACCAUGGUAGAACAUAUUAAGCUAAAAUAACAAAGAAAGAUAAAAAUAAGUUGGUGAUAAGAAAAUGAAAAUGACUCCCACUGAAAUUUGCAUUGAUCUCCCAAUUGAAUUUUUAAAAGCUUUAGAAUACAUAAAAUCAUUACAGUAUCAAAGCGAUCCAGAUUAUGAUUAUUUGAUUUAACUAUUUAGAAAACUAGCCUAAUCUCGAAGAAUUGAAUAUGAUGAUGUCUAUGACUGGACCUAAUCAUAGAAUUAGCUUUUAGCAAGUAAUUAAAAACAAGAAACUACUAUUAAAUAAAUAUCUUCUCUGCAACAAUUCGAAAGAUCUCCAAGAGCUACAUAAAAUAAGUGUUAAUCGUUAAAGAUACCUUCAACAUAUGAUAUUUUCUAAGAUAGAAAAAAGUCUGUAUAGAACACUUCAUAAUUGGUGUUAUUAUAAGAUGAAUUAAAUAAGUCAGUCUUGAACACUUAUGUGCUUAGCUAAAUUGUAAACGAUCAUGAUUCAAAGCAAGACUAUAUUUCUUAAGAUGAUGUUAAUGAUACUCUAUUCUAAAGAUAUAAUUAGUUAAAAACUUAAGUCUUUUAAAUACAUCACUUGUAAAAUAUCAAGAAUCAAACUCAUAAAAUAGCAGUCAAUUGA